AUGUCUAGUCGAAACCAGGCAAAACUCCCUAAAGAUAAAGACACGAUGGGCGCUACGGAACUGGUUUCCAUCUACUGUGACCUGAACGAGGACAGCAAGCUGUCGAUUCUGUUUCCUGAAGGGUACGAACCUUGCUGCGGCGUAAAAUUGCGUGUCCUUGGCGAAACUCAUAUCCUGCUUGAUGCGAACGGUGUACUGCUGCAGGGAGUGCAUCGCGCCACCGAUAAAGUGAUUGAAUUUCGCUGCCUCGAGCGGGAUGUUACCGAUUUCGAUACUGAAGGCAAUUUGAUCUUUUGCUUGAAGUCGGACAGCGGUACGGUACAUCGUAGCCGGAAUGGGUCACUGGAUGAGUGGACACAUCUAUUCCCCGAUCGGGAAGGAUUUGUUCGGGUAUGCUGCAAUAACAACGGCAUUCUUCUGCUCGCCAACGAUGGACGGCUGUUUGUGCAGGGUGAUUUCGGAACAGUAUUUAACUGUGAUCAGCUGACAGAGGUUCACGAGGUGAAGCAGGACUGUGUUCAAGAGCUAGCGGCCGGUAUCGAUUUUGCCAUCGUAUCACUGCAAAAACGCACCAAAGUGUACAGUUCCAUCAAGAAGGAUAUAUUGUUUGAUCAGUGUGUGUUUGAUGAGAAAAAUUUCGCCAUUUACGGUGACUGGCGCAACAUAUUCGAGCAUUUCAACAUUCAUCCAUAUCGGCGCCGGGAGUCGUACGAAGUGUCUGGUACGCUGGAUGAGCUGUCCAUUUAUGGGCAGAUGUUACACCAAACAGGAAUCGCUAGCUUUGGGAAGGUGAACAAAGGUCAACUAGGAACGGGAGAUCACAUAAGGCGUGACAAGAUUUAUCAGCUAAACGUCUCAAACGUGUCGAAAAUAGCGUCCGGUUGCGACUAUUCCGCCGCACUAGCGUUCGAUGGACAGCUGUUCUUCUGGGGGGACAUGAACAAAAAUCAAGCCAUCAGCUGGAAACUUGGAACGGCGGGCAAUACCAGCACGCCUACAGUAUGCACACGUUUCAAGCACGUGCUGGAUGUGUGCUGUGGCAAUUUUCAAACGUACGUUCUGACCAACGAUCUCAAGCUGUACGAUAUUAAAUCUUCCUCGGACGACGCGUGGUUAAGUUACAAAAUAGCUUCGAUGGAAAUGCAUCAUGCCAGCAAGAUGAUCGACGAACACAUUCCGUUUAUAAUGGCGAGCGACAGUUUGCUGGUUGUAAACCAUCUUCCAGUGAGGCAGGAUGUGCUGAAAAUAUACAACAAAGAGCAGGCAACACUGCAAGCACUUUUAAAAUAUAUUAAGGAGAUGAGUUCGAAAAAUGGUGCAAAACAAAGAGGAGGGCUCGGUCCAGGUGCUCAGGGAAGUGAAUCGUCAACCCUCCUGUCCACAAAGUAUUUCUACAGGCUGUGUACUACGUUGUUUUAUCUGCUACUGCUGAGAAUGCAGUCCUUUCGAACGUUUCUGGUCCAGCAGGAUGUAAGCCGACUGGUGUCAAUCGUGCUGCAUGACGAGAUCUAUCUACUUUACCAACGUAUCCUCCAGUGCUUUUGUGAUAACGAGUGUUUGAGUUUAAUGAAGGCAAAUGAUCAGCAAAUACUGCAGAUCUAUCUGGACAAUGUGCAGGUGCAGAUUGAUCUGGCGGAACUGUUGAUAACAAGCGACUCUGGUAGGGCACUGGAUGAACCCACCGAAUCGGCACUACUCACAAUGAAAUCCGAAUGGUUACGAUUUCUCAACGAGGAAGUUAGCGAGAAGCUGGGUAACCUUACGAAGCAAACCAAAGAGUUUUGGCAGCGGGAAGAGAACAUCAGAUGGUUAACGCUCAAAGAACCGCACCGACGCGUGAUACUGGACUCGAACGAUGUACCACUGAAGCUGUUGGAUGUGAACAUAUUCUCUUCCUCGCCCCGGUUUGUACUGUUUAACGAUGUGUUUUGCUAUUUGUCGGGUUUGCAAGUGGUACAGUACCCGUUGAAAUUAGUCUGGAUAACGACGGAAGUGAGCGAUAUACAGCGUAGCCGAUACAAGGAAAAACAUCGCUUCAUGAUCACGAUCGUCACACCGGAAGAGACACUUCGCUGCCAUACGCUCAACGUUGCCGAUAAAAUGCGCUGGCUGGGUGUGUUGAAGGCACAGGUUCUGCAGUGUCUCGACAAGCAAACGCAUGACAAACAACCUUUGUAUCGGUACGCUAAGUACACGUACAGCGAUCGGUACGAGCGACUUUCCGGUUCCCGGUACGAAGGGAUGUGGUUGAUCGGGCAGAUGGAUGGGAUAGGAUCGCUGACCGGUGCCGAUCGGUCGUACAAUGGCGAGUUUUAUCACGGCAACAUAACGGGCUAUGGAGCCAUGAAUCGAACCGUUUUCGGAAUCUCGACCAUCUAUGAAGGCGAAUUUGUAAAUGGCAAAUACGACGGUUAUGGAAGGCUAAAAACCACAAGCAACCGCUCAACGCACUACUUCCGCUAUCAGGGUUUCUUCAAGGCGGACAAGUACAAUGGAUUUGGAACGCUAACGACCAGCGCCUAUCAGUACAAUGGUGACUUUGUAAACGACCAAAAGGAAGGUUUCGGUGUAAUAGAGGACAGUCUCAACGGGGUAAAGUAUAUCGGCAUGUUUAUGGGCGACAAGAAGCACGGCAAUGGGAUACUCGUUACGACAAAUGGAACGUAUUAUGCGGGCUUUUUCGCAAACGACAUACUGACACAUUCGGCCGGUGGGUUAGCCAUUUUUCCGAGCGGAAUAUACUACAAGGGUGAGCUCACGAUCGAUGGUCCGUUCGGGAAGGGUGUGUUCUACUAUCCGGAGCGUGAGAUUGAAUCGGAACAGUUUGAGCUGGACGAUUCGAACACCAAAAUGGCGGGUCACACAAUGACUGGCAUGUUCGGUGGCACGUGGACGAGCGUGAAGAUCAGCAAUGCUGCGAUGGCGAUGGAUCAGAAAUUCAAUAAAGUACCGAUGUUGGAUCUUAAAAUCAAUGCCGAAAGGAAGUGGUCGUCGAUAUUUGCCUGCUUUCAUGAAACACUGUUCGGAACGAGCGACAUCCUCGCCAUCCGGCGCAUGGACAUUAAGAAGGUGUGGAAUCGGAUAGCCAUAUUUGUGAGCCGUGCUAAACGGAAAGAGCAGCUUAAAGCAAACAAUUUCUCCGUUGCGAGUUCCGGCGAGCUUGAUGAUCGUGCCGCUGCCCUAAUCUGUCAAGCUGGCUAUCAGAUGCAAAGUGCAUCGACUGUAUCGUUACGAUCGAGCCUUUCCGACUCCCGACUAUCGUUACACAACGGGUUUCCUUCGUCACCGGCUGGACCUUCGCCACCGACGGUAGCGCCGGAUGCAAUAUCGGUGCAAAGUUUUUCGUCCAUUGCGUCACGUGGCGAAGAGGACGAAUUUAUGCUCAAUCCCUCUGGGUAUGGCGGGCAGAUGCGAAAUACGUCCCCAUUCCGUGAUCUUGAUUUCAUUCCAAACUUUUGCAUCACCUCGAUCGAUCGCGAAGGUUUGGAGCUGUUGCGUAACUACCUCACCGAUGCCUUUCAGAGUGUGUACCAUCCGCUGCACGGGUUGUUCGAGAAGCUUUCGAACUGUUUCUACUCGACGUACAGCUGCUGGAAGUAUACGCCUCACUCGAUACUCUGCGAGCCUGCCAUGAACGAGUGGAUUUCGAUCGUGAGCCGUAUCUACACACUGGUGCUUACCGUAAUGUUUCCAGCACUGCCAAAGGAUUCUAUCAUGAUUGAAGAGGAGCUCGUAUCCUACCAAAGCCUGCUGUAUCCUAUACUCAUGACGCAAGGAAUUUACUCAGCCCUGUUCGUGCUGUAUGCGAGCAAGUGUAGCAAAAACGAUGAAAUCUACCGCCAGCGGAUAUUAAUAUGCAUGAAAAAGACUGAUGAAAAUUUGAUUCAGCUUCUUGACAUUAACCGCGAACUAGUACCUAUUAUCAAACACGAAAAGUAUCAGCAAGCAAUCGAAAGCUUAAACCGCUUCCGGGAAAAGUGUUGCCCGAGCGAAAUGAUAAAGCAUAUCAACGACGCGUUUACGCUUGUCGACCAGGCGUGCAAAGAGCAAGAAGUUCGCAUGGAUGUGGCGGCCGAUAACCUGCUGGAGCUGAUCAUAUGGCUCAUAAUCAAGGCAAAUCUUCCCCAGCUCGGCGCUGAAAUAAGCUUGCUCGAGGACCUGAUGCAGAACGACUACGGUAUUAGCUACCGGAACACGCAGAACGACUACUGUCUCAUCACGCUCAAGGCGUCCUAUCAACACAUAAUUAGUAAUAAUUUCUUUGUCAACAAAACAUUCGAUCCGACCGGUAAUGGCGCCUAA